UUAUUAAUUUUGUUAUCAAUAGUUAUGUUUUCAGAAAUUGCAAUUUACUAUUUAUAAAUAAAACAGAUUCGAUUGUUUAGUUCAUGAGCAUCGUUUGAAGCACUCAUGCUGCAUCAUCAACGGAAACCUUCCUCAGAAGAUUUUUACAAUGGGUCCUCUGUGGGACAGUCAAGGGUAGUAUUAGCAAAACCUAGACUUGGCGGUUUUGGAUCUUCAAGCUUUGCUUCAAGUUCCAGUAAAAGCUGUAACCCAUUUGGAUCUGUACUACGACCACCACAACUUAAACCCAGUAGUAAUCCAUUUCUGAAAGUAACUGAAGCAUCAAAUGAAUCUGAAGUUAAAAAGGAAACUGAAACCCCAACAGAUGAGGAGAAACUAAAUGAAACUAAAAAAGAAACAGAUGUACCCAUGUUUGUACCUCUGGGUUCGGCAAAUGUGACUUCUAGAACAGCAAACACGGUUCCAGCACCGGCACCUGCACAGCCAGCUAGUUCUUCGUCUGGUUUUGUCUUUGGACAGAAUUUAAGUGAAAGAGUGGUGAUAAACGAGAGUCUAAAUAAUGGUGAGGCAUCUUCAACAGACCAUGGCACAACCAAUGGGACUACUGAAUUAUUGUUUACAAGUGCUGCUGCAUCAGUAAAAGAAAAUGCCCAGGACGAGGCUGGGCCUAGCGACGGCGCGGGGUCGGGGUCAAGCCUGGCGGCGGCGGCGGCAGAAUAUGAGCGGUCACAUGCACCCCCGCCGCCCCCCACCACAAACUACACUACUACUGGCGAGGAGGGCGAGAUUAACGUAUUGCAGAUUUCAUGUCGUUUAUUUGCCUGGGAGAGCGGCAGUUGGCGAGAGCGCGGCCGUGGAGUUCUGCGAUUGAACGACCCUGCGGGCGGGGUCGGGGCUGGAGCUGGUCCGGGCGGGGCGGCGGCGGCAGCGGCCGGGGCUGGCGCUGGGGCGGGCGCAGCGCGGUUGGUGGCCCGCGUGGCUGGCUCGCUGCGCGUAGUGCUUAAUACUAAGCUAUGGCCCGACAUGGUAGUAGAACGCGCUGGCACCAAGUCCUUGAGGAUUACUGCCGCUGAUGCACAGCAGCAAGUCAAACUCUUCCUUAUUAUGGGUGCCCCAGUGGAUAUAGCACAGCUGCACAGAGCGCUCACUUCUAGAAUAGCAGUUAGCAAAAGGACAAUUAACUGCACACAAAACACAACAUCGCAAAAGGCUGCUGAGCGGCUGGAAGCUGCCACUGAUGAGAUUGAGUAUCUUGAUAAAGCUAAUGAUGAUGCUUUUUCAAAUGAUGAUGAAACCAAUUAUGAGAAUAAACCCAGUGGUUCUAAAAAUACUGCAUCACAGAGUAAAUCUGUUGAUAGUCAGAGAUUGGAGGUAGACCCUGAAGAAAAGACUGACAAGCAUAAAACGAAUUUAGAUGGAACGGAUGAGGAGAAUGAAACAAAGUCAUUAAAACGAAAGGAACCAGCCGAAGAUGAGAAAUCGCCUAAAAGACAGUGCCCAGACAUUGUAGUUGAGUGAUGAUGUUAUUUAAGUUCUGUUUGUGUAAAAAGUAGGUGUAAAUGUGGACAUUGUUAAUGUGUUGGCAUUACACUAAGUUUCAAGUUUCAUCUAAAUCUUAUGUAAAUGUACUAAAGAAGUGUGUAGAAUAUUUAUAAUUGAAUCUUAGGCAUAAUGCAAUAUUGUUAAUUAAUAAAAAAAAAAGAAAAGAUUAUGGUGAUGCCAUUUAAUUAUGAUAAAAAUGCUAACAGUUGAUUUAAUGUUUAGUACAAAAUGUCACCAUGGUAUAAAAUAUUUUGGGACACGAAAAUUUUAUUUCACAUUCCAAUAAUUGCAAAUGAAUGCAUUGCAUGUUCGGCAAGAGCUGAAUACCAAAUAUAAAACUACUAAUGUGGAUUGUUUCUGAUAGAUAAUACCUAAUUAAUAUCAAUAAACAUAAUUUUACAAA